UUUUUUUUUAAAUUACAGACUAUAAUAGAUUACGGAUGUUAAACGCAUGUCAUAUAUACAAUAAUAGUAGUAGUAAUAGUAAUGAUAGUAGCAUUAGUAGUCAUUGUAUCCGAACAACAUGGGUUACACCACUUACCUCGUACAUGUCUGUGUGCUAUUGUGUGCCUUGUUUAAUACAGUGCUGCCAAUUGUUAAAGGCUGAAAAGCUUUAUGCAAAUUUCUAUUGGUUAAGUUUGCGACUUUAUUCCGUGCCUAUUCUGUUAUUAUGUGGCCUAACUAGUACUUUAUACAUAUAAAUAUAUAAAUAUGUAUAUCAAUGUAUCUAUAUAUGUACACCCUAAAUCGAUACAACUAAACACAUCUUUUUAUUAUCUUGUUCAAAAUAAUAAAUGAUUAGUAUGUUCUUUAUAAUAAAAUUAUAAAUAAAGAUUUUAUUAAAAUCCUUUUGAGCGUGUGAUACCAUUACAUCAAUUCCCGCCCGAAUUCUAUCAAUAUAAAAGAAAGAAAAAAAAAA